AUGGACUUCCCCAACCCAGCACUCAUUGGCGACGCCGCCAAGUUGCCCACAAGCCCCAGCGUCGGGCCCGUCAUCAGCUACGACGCCGUCGUGCUCCCCUGCCCGGACCGCGCCCUCGACCUCGAGGUCAAGGUGACCUUCCCCGCCGCCGCCGCCGCCGGCGCGGAGAAGAAGCUCCCCGUCAUCCUGCUGUCCCACGGCCACGGGCCCAGCAAUUACCUCUCCUCGCAGCAGGGGUACGUCCCCGUCGCCCGCUUCUGGGCCUCGCGCGGCUUCGCCGUCCUCCAGCCCACGCACCUGUCCUCGCGCAACGCGGCGCUGCCCCUGGACCCGGCCACCAUGCGCCACAACUGGCUCGACUCGCGCGCGCGCGACAUGUCGCGCGUCCUGGACCGCCUCGGCGAGCUCGAGGCCGGCGUCCCGGCCCUCGGCAGCGGCAGGCUCGACCGCGACCGCGUCGCCGUGGCGGGCCACUCGCUCGGCGGCUUCACAGCCGCGCUGCUCCUCGGCGCCGUCAACACGGACCCGCGCGACGGCGCCGCCAGCCGCCUCGCCGACCCCCGCGUCAAGGCCGGCAUCCUCAUCGGCACGGGCGGCAGCGCCGGCGCCGACGGGGCCAACCUCUCCGACAGCGGCCGCCGGAUGGUGCCCUUCUACGGCACCGAGUUUGCCGAGAUGCGCGCCCCGGCGCUCGUGGUCUGGGGCGAGGACGACGUCAGCCAGCACCUGACGACGCGCGGCGCCGACUGGCACCGUGAGCCGUACGAGCUGGCCCCCGGCCCCAAGGACGCGUUCAUGGUCAAGGGCGGGCUGCACGGGUUCGGCGGCAUCAGCGGGUGGGACGCCAAGGAGUGCCAGGACGAGAGCCCCGAGCGGCUGGCAGCGUUCCAGCGGCUGACGACGGCGUGGCUGCGCAGCCAGCUGUACGAAGGGGAUCAGUCGUGGAAGGAGACGGUCGAGGCGGUCAAGGGGUUUGAGUCGAGCCUGGGCAAGAUCGAGAGCAAGGGGUAUUGA